AUGGCUCCCGCCGCCACCAGCACCCAGUGGGAUCACGAAUACAACACCCUUCGCCGUGAAAACCUCUUCCGGAAUCCUCCGACCGAUCAUUCGGCAUACCCCGCUCUGCAGAUUGCUGUCAAUCCUCACAUUGAGUCCUUCAAUGCGCUUUUCAGGGACGAUGGUAAGCCGGGCCUCAUAGACCAUGCCAUCAGGGAUAUCGGGACCAAACACUUCUUGGAUGGCGAUGCCAGCAUGCCAUUGUCGCAAAGGAAUAGGCUUUCAGUACGGAUCAAGGAAGUCAGUUUGCAAAAGUCCUGGGUGCCGACUACCAACAAAUUCGCCAAGACACGAGAGAUAUUUCCCGCAGAGUGUCGAGAGCGUCAUGUAUCAUACAGGGGCAAACUCUCUGCAACGUUCGAGUACCAGAUCAACAAUGGUGAACUGAAGGAGUGUGUCCGUGAUAUCGGCCAGAUGCCCAUCAUGGUCAAGUCAAACAGAUGCCAUCUUGAAGGCAACUCGCCCGCCCUGCUUGUGCAGCGCAAGGAAGAGAGCGAGGAACUUGGCGGCUACUUCAUUGUGAACGGCAAUGAAAAAAUCAUCCGGUUGCUCUUGCUAAACCGACGAAAUUUCCCCUUGGCCAUCAACCGUCCGAGUUUUCAGAACAGAGGCCCGGCUUACACGCCAUACGGUAUCAUAUUGCGGUCUGUCCGCCCCGACGAAACCUCUCAAACCAACGUGCUCCACUAUCUCAACGACGGAAAUGUCACAUUCCGCUUCUCAUGGAGGAAGAACGAGUAUCUGGUCCCCGUUAUGAUGAUUUUGAAGGCGCUAGUGGAGACCAACGACAGUGAAAUCUUUGAGGGGUUGUGCGGCCCGCCCGGGUCUAAGGGGGUGGGAAACUCAUUCCUGACGGAUCGUGUCGAGCUUCUCUUGCGUACAUACAAGUCCUAUGGCCUAUACAGCAAGUCAAAGACCAGGGCUUACCUGGGCGAAAAGUUCAGGGUUGUUCUCGGCGUCCAGGACUCCAUGUCUCACUACGAUGUCGGCACUGAGUUCCUCAAGAAGAUAGUGCUUGUGCACCUAGGCAGUCAUGACGUGACUGAACAACAAGAUGCCGACAAGUUUCGAAUGAUCCUCGUGAUGAUGAGGAAACUAUACGCUCUCGUCGCUGGCGAAUGCGCAGUGGACAACCCGGAUGCGGUCCAAAAUCAGGAGAUUUUGCUAGGGGGUUAUUUGUACGGCAUGAUCCUCAAGGAGCGGUUGGAGGAGUUUGUGGCAGUGUCACUCAGGGCUGCGCUGCGAGACUAUCUCCGGAGAUCACCCGCCAACACGUUCACUUCUGCCGCGUUUGAAAAAGACUUCCCCGCCAACAUCUUCCGAAGAACAAACGAAAACCUUGGAAACAGCCUGGAAUACUUUUUGUCUACUGGCAACCUUCAGAGCCCAUCGGGCCUGGAUCUACAGCAAACAUCCGGGUUUGUGGUAGUUGCGGAGAAGCUGAACUUCUUGCGUUUUAUCAGUCACUUCCGCAUGGUACAUCGUGGUAGCUUCUUUGCCCAACUCAAGACAACAACAGUCCGCAAGCUUCUGCCAGAAUCCUGGGGCUUUUUGUGCCCUGUGCACACGCCUGAUGGUUCCCCUUGCGGGCUUCUGAAUCAUCUGGCGCACAAGUGCAAGAUUAUGACAGACGCAGUAGAUGUCUCCGCCAUCCCGAGGCUCGCCACUGAGCUCGGGGUGGUGGACACUUCAUCGGCGGACACCGAGGAGAGCGUACCUGUGAUGCUCGACGGGAAAAUUCUCGGAUGGUGCUCACCAAAACAAUCUCGUACCAUAGCAGACACACUGCGGUAUUGGAAGGUCGAAGGCUCGCAUGGCGUUCCAGUACACAUGGAGAUCGGUCUGGUGCCUCCAUCAAACGGGGGCUCCUACCCUGGAAUAUAUAUGGCAUCUCAGCCCUCUAGGAUGGUUAGGCCUGUGAAAUAUCUCCCCCUCGACAAGGAAGAUUUUGUAGGCACGCACGAGCAGCCCUACAUGUCCAUCGCUUGUACCGAGCCUGAAAUCGUCUCGGGCGAGUCGACCCACGUCGAGUUCGAUCCCACAAACAUGCUGUCAAUCUUGGCCAACAUGACACCCUUCUCAGACUUCAACCAGUCACCAAGAAACAUGUAUCAAUGUCAAAUGGGUAAACAAACUAUGGGAACUCCGGGAGCAGCCAUCAGUCGUCGAACAGAUAACAAGAUGUACCGCAUCCAAACCGGCCAAACACCAAUUGUCCGAGCCCCGCUUCAUAACGAGUAUGGGUUCGACAACUUCCCUAACGGCAUGAAUGCUGUUGUGGCCGUUAUUUCAUACACGGGGUACGACAUGGACGACGCUAUGAUCAUCAACAAGUCGGCCCACGAGCGAGGAUUCGGACAUGGAACGAUCUACAAGACCAAGAAGAUCACGCUCAAGGAUGACUCGAGAACACGGUCGACGAAGCAUAUCACCAAGAUGUUUGGCUUUGCCCCCAACACAACCGUAAAGGCGCGAGAUCUUGAGAAGCUGGAUCUGGACGGCUUGCCACGCAUUGGUAGCAAGGUUGAGCAAGGUGAUAUCAUCGCCGCCUGGCACACUGUCUCGGCGGAUUACAGUGAUCAGCUGGUCAACCGCGAUGGGCUCACACAUUAUGAGAAGUACAAAGACUCAGAAACGGCCUUUGUCGAGGAGAUUCGCCUUGUCGGUAACGAAAAUGGCACAGAGCCGCUGCAGACGGUGUCGAUCAAGUUCAGGAUACCACGAUCUCCUGUGAUUGGUGACAAGUUCUCGUCACGCCACGGACAAAAAGGUGUGGCGUCCCAGAAGUGGCCCAUGAUUGAUAUGCCUUUCUCGGAGUCGGGAAUGCAGCCAGAUGUCAUCAUCAACCCGCACGCUUUCCCGUCUCGAAUGACGAUCGGUAUGUUUGUCGAGUCGCUUGCGGGAAAGUCUGGAGCUUUGCACGGGCUUGCCCAGGACUCGACCCCUUUCAAGUUUGACGAGCAAAACACGGCUGCCGAGUACUUUGGCCAUCAGCUCAUGAAGGCAGGGUACAAUUAUCACGGUAACGAGCCAAUGUAUUCCGGUAUCACUGGUCAGGAAUUGGCGGCGGACAUAUACAUCGGGGUGGUAUAUUACCAGAGGCUACGACACAUGGUUAACGACAAGUUCCAAGUACGUACGACGGGUCCGGUGGUUCCGACAACCGGUCAACCGAUCAAGGGAAGAAAACGAGGUGGUGGUAUCAGAGUUGGAGAGAUGGAGCGUGACGCCCUCUUGGCCCACGGGACGGCAUUCCUGUUGCAGGAUCGCCUGCUAAACUGCUCAGACUAUACAAGGUCGUGGAUUUGCCGGACCUGUGGCACAUUCCUUUCAGUGCAGCCGACAGUGUCACCAUUUGUCGGUAAACGCAAAGUCAACACGGUCAGGUGCAGGAGUUGUGCGCAGCGUCUGGAUAGUCUUGACGAGGAUGUUGAUCUCACGACGCUCGAAGGUGAGAUAUGGGAGGAUGGACAGGGCAACCAAUGGAUCGGGGGUGACAACACCACCGUCGUGGUUGUUCCGGGAGCGCUCAAGUUCUUGGACGUGGAGCUGGCAGCCAUGGGUGUCAAACUCAAGUACCGCGUUGACCCCAAAGAUGCGCCACGCAAGGGACCUAUCAAGCGGGCAGGCGUGGAUGGUUUCCGUGUUGGAAACUCGAUGGUCGCGCUUCCGCCUGUGCACUAA